CGGCGCUUCGCAUGCGGAUCCUGCAGCAAAAGCAGCAGAGAGAGAGAUGGGAGGGGCGGGGCGGGGGGGCGAAGAUCCCCCAACCUCACCCCUCGCUCCUUUAUCCUGCACACUCACAUAUUCAUCUCACACACUCCUACCCCGCUCACAAUCCACACGUACAGCACACCCCCAUACUCCACACAACCCACACAAAUACCACACACCACCACUCUCCCACACAACUCCCCCCCCCUCCUACACACACACCACUACCCUACACAACCCACACACCUCUACGCUGCACCACAUGCCCCGACCGUGGGAACCCUAACCUUCGCUCGUGCUGCACGUGUGCUGCUGCUGAUGCUGCUGCUUCAGUUCUCGGGGUCCGCCCCUCAGCGUCUGAUUGUGUUUCGCUCGCACAACGAAGCGGUGGACGGCGGCGCGGUCCCUGUCGGGGACACUCCAGACGGGAGACACGAGGCGGAGACACCAGACGGGACACAAGACGGGACACAGGGAGGUCGAGACAGCGAGCGAGAGCCACUGAGGUGAAGACCGACAUCUACGUCACAAGCUUUGGGCCCGUGUCGGAUACUGACAUGGAGUACACGGUGGAUGUGUUUUUCCGUCAAAGCUGGAGGGACUUACGACUCAAAUUCAACGGGUCCAUGAGGAUUCUGCCUGUGAACAAUAUGAUGGUGUCUCACCUAUGGACGCCAGACACAUUCUUCUACAACAGCAAGAAGUCCGUGGCACACAACAUCACCACUCCCAACAAACUCCUGAGGAUCUGCGAUGACGGAUCUCUGCUGUACACCAUGCGGCUGACUAUUAAUGCAGAGUGCCCGAUGAUAUUGGAGGAUUUCCCGAUGGACACGCACGCCUGCCCACUCAAGUUUGGGAGCUAUGCAUACACUAGCUCCGAAGUAUUCUACACGUGGACGCACGGCCCCGCCAACUCUGUAAUCGUGGCAGAGGAUGGAUCUCGACUCAACCAGUACAACCUGAUCAACCACACGGUGGGCAGCGAGCUCAGCCGCUCCAGCACCGGAGUGUACACAGUGAUGACCACCCGCUUCCACCUGCGCAGAAAUAUCGGCUACUUCGUGAUCCAGACGUACCUGCCGUGCAUCAUGACCGUGCUCCUUUCCCAGGUCUCCUUCUGGCUCAACCGCGAGGCGGUGCCAGCACGCACUGUGUUCGGUGUCACCACAGUGCUCACCAUGACGACGCUCAGCAUCAGCGCACGCAACUCCUUGCCCAAGGUGGCGUAUGCGACGGCAAUGGACUGGUUCAUCGCCGUAUGCUAUGCCUUCGUCUUCUCAGCGCUCAUCGAGUUCGCCACCGUCAACUACUUCACCAAGAGAGCCUGGGCCUGGAAUGGGAAAUUUCCUGCGCCAUCGAAGAAAAAGGACGCGGUGACUUUGAUCAAAAAGCGCAAAAACGCCUAUACCACAGGCCUGUGUCCCGCGGGCCACCGCACGCUGCUGGCCAGGGAGGCAGCUCUGCUCAGCGUCUCUCAGAAGGUCGUGCUGCACCACGGACAACAUGACAGCAGACCCCUCGACUACAAGAAAACCUACAACAGCGUGAGCAAGAUUGACAAGCUCUCCCGCAUCGUGUUUCCCAUCCUUUUUGGAAUCUUCAACCUGGUGUACUGGGCCACGUACCUGAACCGUGAGACUCAUGCAAGUGGUGCGUUGCCUUAGGGUGCAUGAAGCAGCCAGGGACUGCGAAGAGUGGUAACAGGUCACACGCGCUUGAGAGAGAUGACAAAACCACUGUAUCCAAUACACCUAAAUAGUAAAUUUGUGAUUGAUGUGUAGAAAUUCAGAAAACAUGAGGUUUUUUAAUUUUAAUAUUGGAAAAAUGCUCAUGCAAACAUGUUUUAUAUUUUUUGUUAUCAUGUAAAAUGUUAUACUUUUUUUUAGUGGGAAGGGCCCAAUGAGCUGUUAGGCUCUAUUUCAUGGGCAUUCUGAGAUGGUACAGAUGUUGUACAGUACAGAUCUUAGUUACAAUCAUGGCUACAAAGGUCGUGUUACAAACAGCAAGUAUCGGUACAUGCAUGUUUCAGAAAUAGGGAACUGGUAUAAAACGUUAAAAAACAUAAAAAAGUAUGAUUACAGCAUUUUAUGAACAGAAAUAAUCGGAAAACAAUGUAAUUUAGCAAAGCGGACAUCGAAGUGUCUUUUACGCGAUUGUACUGUAAGGUAUUCAUAUGACUGUGGCUGUGUCUUUAGCUCCGUCUUGUAGAAAUGUUCGUCAGUGAUUAUCUGCAAGCUGGCGGCUAGCACAGGCCUUUCCUCUGUUGCAAGAAAUUAGCAGUGUCUUUACGAUAAGUAUAAUACUUUCCACAUAUUGCUGUUGCGCUUAUCAAAAGAAAACGUCUUGUUUUACAAAGCUGUCAACAUGCAAACGUAGUGUCCCAGCUUUAUGUGCACUAAAGCAUUUGAAACAAGUUCACCCUCACCAUCUUUAAUGUUCUGCUUCGACUCGCCCCCAAAUGUUCUUUCCCCUAUAAUCUCACUCUCCUUUCCUUCGUGUGCUCUGCUCCAGUAAGAUAGACCUCUACUCUAUAGACAGUUGCUUCUUUGGUGUUACUUGCAUAGUCUGGAACUCACCUCCUUGGCUGUCCAUUCUAUUCUAGUUCAAGAUAAUCUGUCUCUUCUCUGUGCCCAUGUGUAUCCUUGCACUCCUUGCCCUGUACCCUCGUUGCUCCACUCCCUCUUAAAAAUAAACAGGGAUAUAUGCAUGGUCCUUCCAAUUGCACAGCAUCUUAUGCCAGUCCCAUUUAUAUGCUACAGAAAUACUAGGGUUGCCGUGAUACGUAAUAUAUGUUGUACAAUAAAAGAGCCAUUAAAAUCA